AUGUUCUCUGUAAAUGUCCUUUGCAAUCAGUUCAAUCAUGCAAUGGAUAAUUUUAUUGAGACGGAUAGAAAACUCCAAGGGAUCGUUAUAGAAGUAGAUGAUUCUGGUGUUGUCCUCCGACAGCUGUUCUCUGAUUCCAAACUGUCAGUUUUGAGGUUCAAAAAGCAUCCGAGUGGGUGUAUUGUGAAGACUGAAGACGAAAAAAGAACGGUCAAAGGAAUAGAUUUCAUUUCAAAAGCAUUUCAAGCACUCAACACUAUCCUAGACUCUAAUGAAUCACCAAUUUCCGAAUUCGGGUUCAUUUUGGAGCACAACUAUUUCAAUCGAAUGGUGACUUAUCCCGUUCACAAUGAAGCUGUUAAAAAGUUAAACGAAAUUUUGCGAUCGAGAUCGGGGUUCCUAGAAGUGGAAACUUUUCAUAUGCACUCUGAAAAAUUGGAGCAUUAUUUGCAAAUUCUACCAUUCUUGCAUCCUAUGGUCUUGAAGAAAUUAUCACUGGUUAAUAUCGGAGAAGAGGAGGAAAAACUGGAGAUUCGGGAAUUUAUGAAGUUGCAUCAAUGGCAAAAUCUGGAAGAGGUAGAAAUUGUGAAUUGGUUUCUAGAAGAGAAUAUUCGAGAUUUUUGUCAUUUGAAGAGAGGAAAGUUCGAUAUAUGGACCAUCAGUGCAGAUGAUGUGAUAUUUUUGAGAGAGACGUUUCUCCAGGCUCCAAAAGAAUUCAUCGUCAAUUUCCAGAAUUUUGAAAACCAGGAGCAACUUCUAGCUACAGUUGGUCCUCCAUUACAAUUCGAAGCUUCCAGAUAUCAAUGGAUAUUCGAAGUUCCAAAUGAUAAAACUCAAGUCCUUUGUAUAAAUUUGUCCCCGCAUUCCCUACAAUUUUCAUAUAUCGAAAAAUGA